CUUAUACGGCGUCGCUCAGCAACAUCUCUAUAAAUGGUUUAAAUGCCUCGAGGUGCACAUGACACUGAGAUCGGCUGAAACAUCCAGUGUUACAGGAAGAUCAUGACAUAUGAGAAAACCAUUGGGAUGGCAAGGAAAAUAUGAAGGAAUUUCAUAUCUCUUAAAUCAUGGCUUCUGUGGGGAAUCAUCAUAAUCUUCAAACAUUACUAGAGUCACACAAGCUGUGUGUCAGAUGUGAUAAGUGCUGUAAAAAACACAAUGAGAUUUCAUACACCUACAAGGAGAACAGCCAUUACUGCUCAGAAAACAUCUUACUGAUCAAGCAGAAAGGUAACAAUUCAUCGUGGAGGCCCGUUGCCCCCCUGCCACAAUUUCCCAAACCAUACAAAUAUGUUGUUUGCUGGCACUUCACUGAAGAUGUUGGAUGCACCGAACAUGGAAAGAAAUGUUCCUUCGCUAGGAGCUCAGAAGAAGCAGCGCUGUGGAACGUCAUGAAGGAUGAAAACCUCACAAUUCCUAAGCUUGUGAAAUUGAUAAAACAAAACCAAAGGACAGUGCAGAAAAGAGGCGAGUUUGACUGCACAUUGUGCCAGGUCCACAUCCCAAAUGAUGAGGAACUGAUGAACCACUGUUUCACUGUGAAGCACAGGAGACUGGUCUUUGAAGAUACUUCUCCGACUUGGAAGUACCGUGAUCCACCACCAACAUACAAGGACCUGAAAUUGUGUGAAAGAUCCCUGCUGUGCGAGUAUGGCGAUAACUGCACAAAGGCUCACAGUAAAGAGGAACUUAGUGAAUGGCAAAAAAGAUUCAAGGCUUCACGGAAAAGAGUCAGGGAUGUAGACGAGAUGGGCCUACUGUCCUAUCAGGACAGACUGUUGGAUGAAUACAGACACAGCAAUGACAAGAAAAUGAUUGUCAGUGACACCCUUCCUGAUGUUGUUAUCACCUGUGACCCAGAUUUAGACAGUGUCUAUGUAAGGAAAAAGGGAAUACAGUGUACAUGGAAUUUUACCAUUAUUUCUAAGGAACCUCUAGAAGUGAUUGCUUUACUCAAACGGGAACUGGGGGCGAAAUAUAGUCUCAGCAAAGACCCCAAUGAGGAACGGUCAUAUUCCAAUAGUGAUUGGUUUAAAAAGAACCAAACAGAGUAUGAAAUCCCAGUGUCCUUCAAAUCUGACCAACCAGGACUUUAUGAGCAAUGGGUAGUGUUUGACUUCAACACCAGACCCAUCCUGCGUCAGAAACUCAAGGUCAGGGUUGGAGAGGAUGAAUGUAAGGGCCCAGAACCUGAGUUUCCACUAGAAAGACAAGAGACUGUCAGUAAUCUUGAGCCCUGGAAUAAGGAAAGCUUGGAAAUCAUUCCUUUUGUUAAAAGAGAAGAGGCAGAGAGAGAGCUGCUAAACAGAUACCAACUCAUCUCCAUUGAUCAGAUGACCAGUCCAAUUAACCAUGAAAAUUACAAACACAACAUGCACAAUUUUUUAUAUCAAGAGGAAAAAGUAGUUGGUGAACGGCUUAGCUGUCUGAAUCUACGAGGGACAGCGCAGUUGGAAAAAUACCUGACUGAUGACAGGUUUGGAUUGAAAUGCGCUUAUCCAGAAGCUCUUCUUGCUGCUGUGCCUCUGUCUCAUCCACUCACUCCUGAUACUCCUCAAGGUUUCAUAGUGAAAAGACAUGCUAUCACUUCUCUUGUUCGUGUUGUGAAAAAUAAUGAUUACCUCGGCCCUACAUAUGAAGCUGAAUUUCUGAAAGAUGCUGCCACUGAGACGCAAGUAAUUUUGCAGCUUUCCAAAGAAUGCUGCACUGAUCUGAAUCUGCAGAAAGGACAGCAGUGUGAGAUGGAAGUCCAUUUCCAGUUAAAUCGUCUAUGGUUCUGCGAAAUGCACAAGGCCAUUGACGAUCUCCCCGCCUUAGACAAAGUCUUACCUGAUCUGAAAAACAGCAACUUCUGUAUUUCCUCCCAGUCAGAUACAGGACAGUUAAAUGAGAAGCAGCAAGCAGCAAUGAACUUUGUUAUGAGUGUAACAGACAACAGAUGCAGCAUCCCACCGUUGUUGAUAUAUGGACCUUUUGGAACAGGGAAAACUCGAACCCUUGCCAAGAUGGCGCAGGUUCUUGUGCAGAAACCACAAAACAAAAUCUUGAUUUGCACACACACAAAUAGUUCUGCUGAUCUUUAUGUAAAUGGUCAUUUUCAUGACUAUGCAACUGUUAAUCAUGAAGCGAAACCUCUGAGAAUCAAGGCAAAGGAAAGCAAUCCCAGAUCCACUGAUCACAUCACUCUACAGUACUGCCAUUUUUCCAGAGAUGGCAAUCAUUUUGAGUUUCCUGACAAAGCUGUUUUAGAUUCCGUAAGAAUCGUUAUAACUACAACUUCACUAGCGCGUUUCUUCCAUGACAUGAAGCUGCCUGAAAACUACUUCAGUCACAUUCUGAUCGAUGAAGCUUCUCAGAUGUUGGAGUGUGAGGCUCUUAUGGCACUGAGCAUAGCAGGUAAAAAUACACGUGUUGUUUUAGCAGGAGAUCACAUGCAGAUGGGACCCAAGCUCUUCUCUGUGAGACAAGACAAAUGGUCAGAACAAACCCUGCUCAAUCGCCUCUUCUAUUACUACCAAGCUGAAAACAGUGAUGUUGCCAAACAAAGCCGAAUAAUUUUCAAUGAAAACUACCGCUCCACAAAGGACAUCGUGGAUUUUGUAUCAACACAUUUUUAUGUGGGAAAGAGUGAUGUGAUCAAGGCUAGAGGAGAUGUGCCUCCACAUCCACAGCAAUAUGCCUUGCAGUUCUAUCAUGUAAGAGGGGAAUGCUGUUUGGACCCAACAAGCAUGUCCUGGUUCAAUGCAGAACAAAUUCUAAGUGUCGUUGACAUUGUGCAAGGAAUAAUGGAGGAAUGGCCUCAAGAAUGGGGUGAAAAAGAUCCAGAAUCAGUCUGUGUCCUAUCUCAAGGAAGACAGGUAUUGGAAAUAAGGCAAAGACUGCGUCAGCUUAGACUUCCCCGUUUCACUGUAGAGAAUGCCGAAAAUGUGCAAGGAAAACAGUUCAGAGUAAUAGUGAUUUCCACUGUGCACACCAAGGACAGCUUAUUGGAGACAGACCGGACCUGUCUUGAGUUUUUCAGUGACAUGCGAGUGCUGAACACAGUUAUGACAAGAGCCCAGUCUCAAAUAUUUGUUGUUGGAGAUGCAGCUGCACUUUCUUGCCAUCAGUUCGGUACAUGCUGGAGACUAUGGAGAUCAUACAUAGAGGAUUGCAUCAACAAGGGAAGUGCCCAUGACUUUAACUUGGAUUCUUUGAAACAAGACCUCCUUGAGAUAUCUGAGCUCUGCAGAAGUGAGGAUGAAGAGAACAGCGAUAGUGAAUCAACUACAUCUGAAAUAUCAGACACUGAAGACCCGAUACUUCAAGAGCUUCUUGAUGAAAGCAAAAACAUCAACAUUGUAUUAACAGAGGAAGGCUUGUUUCCAGUUUUUCAAAAUGUGCAAUCUGUCAGUAGUGUGAACAACCAAAUUACAGAAGAAGAUGAAGAGCAAUUGUUAACUAACUCUACAAAAUGUUGUGAGCUGGUCAUGGAGAGUUUUGAUCGAGCUUAUGCUAAACCACUUGACGAGCCCUCCAUUAGAAUCGAGAUCAAGGGCAGAAAAAACAUUGGACAGGCAUUUCCUGGAGACAAGGUAACAGUGGAGAUCCUGGAUGAGAAAUCAAAUCCUCCCAUGGGGAAAGUAAUCAAAAUCCUGGAAAGUGCGGAUACUGUCAAAGAAUUUGUCUGCACACUUGAAAGACAUGACCGUCAAGUGAUGAUACCUAUCAACAAAUGUAUCUCCAAAAUCCACACACCAUUUUGGAAAGACAAACCAAACCACAUUGCUGUAAGAAAUCCUACGACCCAUAAAAUUACAUUUAUCAAGAUAAAUGUGGACACACACAGAAAAUAUCUCUUUGUUGUCAAAGUCCUUAAGUGGGGGAAAUUUUUCCGAUACCCCUUAGGCAUUGCUGUCGGGGUGUUUCCAGAAAUAACAUGUUUAGAUGAUGGAUUGAAUGUACUCAGCAUAGAGUUUCAGUUGAGAAGGACACUUUCUUCAUCUUUAGAAACACAGAUGCAAGACUUUCAAAGUCUUAAUUUAUUUGAAGACAGACGAAGAGAUUUUCGCAUGCUCCCAACAUUCACCAUUGAUCCUGCUGAUUCACAAGACCUUGAUGAUGCAAUCAGUGUACGGGAUUUAGGUGAGUGCUAUGAAAUAGGAGUUCACAUUUCUGAUGUUGCUAGCUUUCUGGCUAAAGGCAGUGAACUGGACGAAUAUGCAAAACAGCUGUGUACUUCAUUCUAUACACGUGGAAAGGAGCCAAUACACAUGCUCCCUAAAGAACUGAGUGCCAAUUUCUUCAGUUUGAUACCUAAUCAUGACAGACGAGCAAUCUCCUUGAUAAUACAAGUGGAUGCUAAGACAAACUGCAUAAAGAAAAGAUUAAUUUGCAAGUCUGUCAUUCACUCCAACAGGAAAUUUUCGUAUGAUGAAGCUGAGGACAUCCUUGAAAACAAUCGUCAGCAUUAUGACCUGCUUGAAAUGUGCCUUUUGAAAGCAUGGAACUUUGCUGAGGUUCACAGGAGAUACAGAAAACAGGACGACUGGUGCUACAAAAUGCCAGACGAGGAUGUGACUCUCGGAAGAAGGCGAUCUCACCUAAUGGUGGAAGAGCUGAUGGUCAUGUUUAACCACACAGUUGCUGAACGCCUUCUGUCUGAUGAAACAACAAGGACCAUAACUCCACUGAGAUGCCAGGACAGGCCACAAAGGGAAAAGCUUAUUGACCUUUUUGACAAAAAUGCUUCCUUGAUUCCACUAUCUGUUCGCUUCUCAAGUAGAGCUCUUGAGAGUGUAUACGUGUCUCCUGAACUGAAUAACCAAUGUUUGAUCAACCACACAGCCAUGCCAAACCACCAGGCUGAGAUUUCUGAUUCUGAAACCAUACCCAUAUUAAAAUCUGUUUUGAGAUGCUUGAAGACAGCAGCAGAGGAGAAAAAUGUCUACAAAUUAAUUGACUUCAUUGCAACUGAUGAGAUUCACCCCCAACUUCUUCCUUUUGCUACGGCAUUUACAAAACUGUGUCACAAAGCAUGUAUUCUACGAUCAAACUCGACACAUGUUUCUAGAAUUGGGCACUAUGAUUUAGACCUUGACAGCUAUACUUGGGCCUCAUCUCCAGUCCGCCGAUAUAUAGAUGUUAUUGUGCAGCGCCUUCUUCAUUCUGUGAUUGACAAGACCAAUGUUAGGUACACAGCUCAUGACAUUGACCUGUCUUGUAUGGAAUUUUCCAGGAAAAAUGCCCAACAGUCAGCAUAUGACAAGAAAGUGAAUGCUCUACAUUUUGCAUUAAAACUCUCAAACCAAAGCGAAAAGAAGGUGGCAUACAUUGUGGAACUCAAUCAGUCAGGGACAAACUUCAGAUUAUCCUUCCCACUUAACAGAACCUCUAUAUCAGAAAACUUAGACAUUAUGUACAGGGAUCUUCAGUUGGCAGAUCAACCAGAGUUUGAUGAAACCAACAACUGCGUGAUCUUGAAAUGGGUGCGAAGGAUAUAUUCUUUUUCCAAUCCUCACAUCCUUGCUGAAGUGAAACAACAAAAUCCAAACUCAGUCAUGGCCUAUGUCUCUACAAAGACCUGGAAAUGCAUAGCAGAUGCUCUUAGAGAAGAAGAUUGGGAAAUAUUGUUUCCACUGAUUGAGAAGCUUGAUGCCAGCUCAAAAGUCCAUGCAAGACAAUCCCAGGAAAGACUGAGAAAUGCUAAAAUUUCCAAAAAAUCUGAUCCCAUGCAUGCCGAGCAUUAUGCUGAACUUUUGCUGAGAAUAAAGCCAGGUGAGGUGGUCGAGGUACAACUAGGUUCAGCCACUGCUCGAGGAUUAAUGACACCAGCAAUUCAGCUGUUUGUUGUGCAUCCAAAAUUUGAGAUUUGUUUGGAGCAUGUGAAAGAUCCAAUCAAGUGUUUUUCAAAAUAUGCAUUCCACUCAUCAAGGAAUUCAUACAACUCGUACAUGGAUUAUCAGGCAAUAUGGAAACCUUUGAGUGAAAUGGAGUCAGCCUCCAAUGCUGUGUCUGAAAAUGAGAGUAUUAUUAUUGAAGAUGCAGUUUUGAAAUGGAAAACCUCUCUUCAAAAGAAGCUUGAGGGUUUUUUUCUCCUUCCACUUGACAAAAAAUCUCAGUGGUCUAUUGAAUGUGACCUUAAGAACAGUUUCCUCUGCAUUCGAACUAAGAUUCAGCAAAGUCAGAGCCCCUUUCUGGAAAACGCUCAGUGCACAGCUCUCAUGGAUAUUCCUUCUAUCACUUGGGUGGCCCAUGGCAUAGUUACAAAAGUUGAAGAAAUUGACUCCAAAGAACCCAAGAAUUUACAAAUUGAUUUUCAGAUUAACCACACGCCUAUGACAAAUAUUCCAGAAGCCAUAUUCUGCGAGAGGACAAGAUUUACUCUGGAGCUGAUUACAAAGCUUCUGCCAGAUGUGCGCAAAGAGGAUGCAAUUACCAGUCUAACCAAAGCCAACAAUCUUGUUAAAAAUAUCGCCAUGGGAAGGAAAAUCCACUCUGAAGGAGGAUGCAACAUUUCGAAGCAGAUUCCAGCCAGAUUUGAGAUCGACAGUUAUCUCCCUUCUGGGUUUUCCCAUCUAAACAACAGUCAGUGCAAAGCUAUAAGAGAAGCAUUGACAAACCCAUUCACUCUUAUCCAAGGACCACCAGGGACUGGAAAAACUGUUGUUGGUGUCCAUAUUGUAUACUGGUUUCUCAAGAAUAGCCAACAGCUUCCUGACACCAAUUCACAGAAGAAGAGAGCUGUUCUGUACUGUGGCCCCUCAAAUAAAUCUGUUGAUGUGGUCGCAGGUCAUCUCCUCAAACUCCAAAAUCAACUUAGACCUCUCAGAGUCUACAGUGAUCAGGUGGAAAUGUUGGAAUUUCCUUACCCAGAUUGCAACCUGAAGCUGUCACGCAAUUCUAAAAGAGGCGAAAAACCCAACACAGAGCUCAGUUCCAUUGCACUACACCAUGUGAUUCGAAAGGAUGCCAACCCAUAUUCCACACAAAUAUUAGCGUUUGAUAUGAAAAUUAGAAGAGGAGAUAAAUUCACCAGCGAAGAAAAAAAACUCUACAAAGACACCCUCCAAAAGGCUCGAAAACAUGAAUUAUUGCGGCACGAUGUCAUCUUGUGCACUUGCACAGCAGCCUCGCACCCUACCUUAGCCAAAGUCCUCGACUUCAAACAGAUCAUCAUUGAUGAAUGUGCCAUGGCAACUGAACCCGAAGCCUUUAUUCCACUAGUGGCUCAUAAGCCUGAGCAGAUUGUUCUUCUGGGUGAUCAUAAGCAACUGCAACCUGUGGUCCACUGUGAUGUGGUGGAGCGAUUGGGAAUGAGCAAAUCUCUUUUCGAACGUUACAUGGAGAAAGCACUCUUGCUUGACACUCAGUACAGAAUGCAAGAAGACAUUUGUGAAUUUCCAUCUAAUGAGUUCUAUGAUGGAAAGUUAAAAACUAAAACAUCUCCUAAACCAAGUCUCUUCCUUACUAAGACAAGGCAAACAUGCAUAGUUUUCGGCCAUGUUGAAGGAAAGGAGAAAAGUCUGGUGGUCUCGACUGAACGGGGGAAUGAAAAUUCAAAAGCAAAUUUGGAGGAAGCAGAGGAAGCAGUGCGGAUCGCCAUUCUUUUGACUGAGGCUGGAAUAAAGACAAAGGACAUCGCCAUUCUCACACCAUAUAAUGCUCAAAUGUCAAACAUUAGGGAUUCUCUGUUCUAUAAGGGUAUAACAGACAUCACAGUUGACACCAUCAUGAAAAGUCAAGGAAGUGAAUGGAAAUAUGUCAUCAUGUCAACUGUGCGCUCUUGUCCCAAAUCUGAUAUAGAAAUACAACCAACCAAAUCCUGGAUUAUAAAUCGACUUGGAUUCAUCAUGGACCCACACCAAGUCAACGUGGGCAUUACCAGGGCACAAGAAGGCUUGUGCAUCAUUGGUAAUGAGAACUUGCUGCGGUGCAGUGUGUUGUGGAGAAGACUUCUGGAUCAUUAUAAGGAGAAAGGAUGUGUAGUGAAUCCCGCCCGGCACAUCCAGGUUCAGAAACCCACUAGAAGUCUGGGAAUGAAGAAAACUGCUAGAAGAUGAUGUGCUUCAUGCAGUGUUGUAUUUGUAGCUGUAUUUGCUUUAUUUCUAGCUGUGUUAAAUGUGCACUUUCACAUUUAUGCAUUAUUAUUGUGACAUUUUAAAAAAUGGAUAUCAGGGAACAUUGCACCUCUUGGAUAUUGGUGCUAUACAAUAAUAUAAUAAAAUAUAACACCCUUGAA